UUUUCUGCCAAACCAAACCCUCGCUUCUGGGAGCACAAGAAGACCCUGUACAAGAAAACCCACCUCCAUAAGCUCACUCCACAGUCCCCUCUCCAAUUACUUUCUGUGGAUGGCAAGGAUUUAAAAUAGUAUAAGGGUCAUUUAACUUUAUUAUCUGCUGUGAAAAAUUUAAUACAGAAAACAAGUGAUUAGCUCAGAUGAAUUCCUUGACUUUGAAACCGUCCCUUUUUGUACCUAAAUCAUCUUCUUCUUCUUCUUCUUCUUCUUCUUCUUCUAGUUCUACGAUUCUUGUUUCUUCUCCACCUUCAGUAAGUUUCCCAAGAAAGACCAAGGAUAAUUUUACAGGAAGAUUAGCCUUGAGAAUUAGAGCUUAUAAUUCUUCCAAGGAUGACUCAGCAAGCAACUCUGGUGAUUCCAAGCCCCCCAACGGCUCUCUGAUGCAGUCAAAGACGAGGAGAGAAAUUCUAUUGGAGUAUGUUAAAAAUGUGCAGCCAGAAUUUAUGGAGCUAUUCGUGAAAAGGGCACCGCAGCAGGUAGUUGAUGCAAUGCGACAAACAGUGACGAAUAUGAUUGGCACACUACCUCCACAAUUUUUUGCUGUAACUGUUACCACUGUAGCUGAAAAUCUUGCACAGCUCAUGUACAGUGUUAUGAUGACUGGUUAUAUGUUUAAGAAUGCACAAUAUCGCUUGGAAUUGCAGCAGAGUUUGGAGCAAGUCGCUCUUCCUGAUAUGCAAGAUAAAAAGGAUUUGCCAGAUUAUGCACCAGGUACACAGAAGAAUGUGUCUGGUGAGGUUAUCAGAUGGAAUAAUGUUUCUGGUCCUCAGAAAAUGGAUGCUAAAAAGUACAUUGAGUUGCUUGAGGCAGAGAUUGAGGAACUCAAUCGUCAAGUUGGUAGAAAAACUGCAAAUGGACAGAAUGAGUUGUUGGAAUAUCUCAAAUCUCUUGAGCCACAAAAUCUGAAGGAGUUGACAAGUAGUGCUGGAGAGGAUGUUGUACUUGCAAUGAACACCUUCAUAAAGCGACUUUUAGCUGUUGCAGAUCCAGAACAAAUGAAGACAAGUGUAACUGAGACUAGUGCGCUCGAACUUGCCAAACUGCUUUAUUGGCUGAUGGUGGUUGGAUACAGUAUCCGCAACAUUGAAGUCCGUUUUGAUAUGGAACGAGUACUUGGGACACCUCAGAAGCCUGCAGAAUUACCUCCGGGAGAAGAAAACAUUUGAUGUCUUGCAUUGAAGUACCAACAAUUGAUGUCAUGACAAGGGUGGAGUGCAAUAAUUUAGUGCUGGGUUUACCAUGUGACUAAGCUGGUGGAGUUUUGUGUUCUCGUGGAUGGAAGCAGCAAUUAGCAAAUGGCUUAUUGCAGGGAUGAACACCUGGAAGAGUACAUAUUUUUGGUUGCUGCUCUUUCUUAUGUAUUGCAAAACCUAUCAAAAAAUAGUUAGUGGAAAAGUUGAUUGUGAUCUCUGGAUAGGUCAAGAUUCUUGACAUGUUGUCUCAAAUUCGUCAGACAAUGAAAAGAUUUAACUUGAUGGAUAUGUUUCCUUUUGUUUUGA